AUGGACGCACCAGAGGCACAUCCGCCUCCCAACUCUAAGGUGAUUAUUCAGUGUAUCGAUCCAAGCGGCCUAUUUGACCGUCUCGAGCCACGACUCUCGGCCAGAAGCCCCUUACGGAACUUGCACUGGAAGGCCCCGAACCGACCCCUUCGAUCGAUCUCGAACCUGAAUAUUUCUUUGACACGCGAAGAACAAUCAGCUGGAGCACAAUCCAAUGUCCGGAGGCAUCAGAUACCUGGUCUGCGCGAGACACCUUAUGUCAAACUAUAUCUGCUACGAUGCGAUGACAAGGAAACGUACAAAGAGAAGGUCAGGAAAGAGCUCCGCCAGUGGGUCAAGACACAAACACCUUUGAGUAAUGGUAAAUCGUCAAGUAGGAGCCAGGAGGAUCAUGAUGCCUCAGAAUGGCUGAUUGUCCAUGUUAUACUUCCAAACACUCCUGCAGCCAGCCAACCGAAAUCUUCAAAGCACAUCUCGCUAGAAGCCUCGGAGAGCACCGACAGUGUCAACAGCAAAUCAAAAUGGUCUGGCAAAAGCCCAUCCACCAUCUUUGACAAGCUUAGGGCCGAUUUCAGCAGUUCCAAGUCAUCCAUCGCCCGUGUCGCUCAGGUACGACUUCUUGAACCAGGAGACAAAUCCUCGACAUUGACAUCUGCUGAGCUGGAAGAGCAGUGGCAAGACUUAGUGGAUAGUCUGAAAACAUGCAUCCUGCGUUCGUUCGAUGCUCGUGUCGCCCAAUACGAAUUGGACAUCCGAGAAAGAGACAGCCAACGUAGUUUGCCUGGCUGGAAUUUCUGCACGUUCCUCGUUCUCAAAGAAGGUCUCGCCAAAGGCUUUGAAAAUCUGGGCUUGCUAGAAGACGCCCUCGCCGUGUAUGACGAGCUCUCCCUGGGCCUCGACGCGCUGGUCAAAGAACAGGCCCAGAAAACUGAUCAUGAUGAAAGCGGAGCGUUGUUGACUUUCUCUAAAGAAUCCAAGGAUCUCCUGAGGGCAGCGCUGGACCCGGAGUCCCAGCGCCCCUCAUACAUUGACACGAGCUCGCCUCUUGACCUGAAUCACAUUCUCGCAGCGGAUCGCGAUGACUUCCCGUUUGAUGCCGAAAGAAAGAACUACCGCAACCUCAUUCUGUCGAACGAAGUAUCGGCCUUGGAUCUCCGCAUAUAUCUCUUCACCCGGGAAAUGGAGAUCCUGACUAGACGAGCGCGGCCGGUUCCAGGAAAGUCCUCUCAGUCAGGCAGGGCGGAUGCCGAUUUCGACAUUGUCGCGGAUUUGACUGAGCGAGCCAUGCAGUUCAUAAGCCUCGCCGGCCGUACUCUUCGAUUUGAGCUUUACGAUGCCUGGGGUGGACACGAAGGGUUGAGUGAAGAUGAAUUGCACACGCAGCGAACGGUUACAAACAAUAUUGUCUGCACCUGGCAGUGGCGAGCGGCUAUACAAACACUCGCCCAAACCUUACCAGCCUUGGAGGUUAAUGUCGAUUACAGCAACAAGGAUUUGGCACUGGAUGCUGUUGAGCUGUCUUCCGACCCCGGUGCAAUCGGUGCCAACCAACUUCAUGGACCCGCUGAGAGUUACCAACGUAUAUCCCUUGGACCUAGCCUGCGGUCAUCCUCGCGUGAACGCUCUCAGGAACGAAGCAAGAGACACCUACCCAUGCCCAAUGGAACCAUUUCGCGUCAAAUGCAGCCGACGCGACCGGGAGCCGCGCGACUUGCCUUGUGGGUAUCAAAGCUCGUACUCGUGGCAAGACACUUCAUUGAAAAUCUGGAGGCUACGAAGCCGUGGGUCCUUAAUAUGAAACAGUAUGCUCUGGAAUCGAACGGCACCCUAAUGGAACCUAUCGCUAGGAACGGCGAGGCCAACAACGACCCUGCAGAAACGGACGAACACCAAACCACCACCAACACCGAGCUUCUCCUAGGCUUGGGGUCUGCCACAUUGAAAGCUGCAGCGACUUCGAUGUCAAGCUUCGUUACGCUUUAUGCCAUGUUGUCCGUCCUUGCGUUUCGGAUUGUAUCCUCUACAAAGAAUCGAUCCACAUCCCAGCAGAUAUUGGCAGACCUUGUCGAAAUGGAAUAUUCUCAAGGCAACUGGUCUAUCGCCGCGCGCUACCUUGAAAAUAUUCUUGGUCCUCUUCCGCGUGCCUCGUAUCGUCUCUCCGAAGAGCAUCUCCUCCGCAUCUAUGCUGAAUGUCUGAAGAGUCUUGCACGGCCGAGCGAAUAUGCUAGGUGUCUUAUUUCUUGUCUAUAUCAGACUAGGAAGGCCGACUGUGUCCCUUCCUCAAGGUUCGGCUCCGAAGCGAACCAAUAUUACAUGGAUCAGCUUUUCCAGGUCGUACCGAAAAUUCCAGCCACAAUCCUUCCUGCGGCAUUACUAUUUCGUAUUUCCGCUGUUUCCGGGAACAUUUCUCCUCUGGACAUGAAGGAUGGGUUUACUGUCUCAAUCAAUAUAAGUAGUAUCUCUGGCAGUUCAACUCCACCGAUCGACAAUAUCAAACUGCGGCUAAUUGCUAAAGACGGCAUUGAGCCGCGGUCUAUAUUGCUCUUCCUUUCCCAAAAGGUAGUCAUUGAUUCCGAGGACAAGACCAUACCCCUAGAGACUCCCGUGACGGCUCAUGGCUGGUACAUACCAGAUGAGGUCGAAGUCUGCAUUGGCAACUUGAGACUCAUACAUCACUUCAAAUCAGGUCUAGAUGAUGAAGCUGCUCGAUCCGACGACUCCCUUAGCCCUCGAGCAGAUGUGGUGCCGCUUCUUUUAUACCCCAGCUACCGAUCAUUUGGAAUCAAGAUGUACCCUUUUCCUGUCAUUCAUUUGGCACAGGUUCGGCGGCUGCUACUGCAGGUCAGGCCCGGCCAGAAUAAUGUCAAGCAGGCCAAACUCCGCUUGAGGACAGCGACAGCUGGGCUGAGGCUCAACAUCUUCGACUCCAAAUCGGUAGGCAAUGGACACGAGUCGAAUCAAAUGCGGACGACGCGAGAAGGUGACGCUCUGGUGAUGGUCAUGAACAACUUGGCCCCUCUGUCGGUCACGGAAAUCGAGAUCCCGUACACCAUGGAGACAUCUUCUGAGCCGGCCAUAACGCUGCGAAUUGAGGCUAGUUACGAGACCGAUCAAGGAAUAUUCACCUUUUACGAUACAGCCUUUGUUAAGGUGAUCUUGCCUGUCACUGUCAAUGUACAGGAUAUAUUUCGUAAGGAUUGCAUGUACUCCAGGUUCACCAUUGUCCCUUCAACCAUGGUGCCCCUUCGUCUCAUUGGCUGCAGUCUGGAGAAGAAUGACUCCCAUGACAUGGUUGCAGGAGGUAGCUUCGAUGAGCCAUUCGUGGUGUUCCCGAAGCAACCUGCCAACUGGACAGUCCGGCUUGUUCCAAUGGACCAAGACACUGCUAAUGCCACUAACCGAUUAACGCUUGUGGUUGACUUCCAGUCUCUAGACGGUGUGAUGUUGGCCAUCCUCGAGACACACUUUACCAAGGAGAUUGCCAAUUCCAAGCACGCUUUUGCCGCCCGGCUUCUGACAUCACAUUUGCUGGAUCGUGUUCGUACUACAUGGACAGAGCAAGAUGUAGAAGUUGCAGGGUUAACACAAGAAUUCGAGAUGUGGAAGAUGGAGGAUAUGGAGUGGCCAUCAGUCUUGUGUGCCUUUGAUCGGAAAAGAAGAGCUGAGGUUGAAGAUUGGCUUCGAGAUUGGCAUUCUCGGACGCCAGCGAUCAAGUUCUCGUCUUCGAAAGUCCCUCAACGGCAACUCAGAUUGUUUGUCGACAUACCUCCGCGGCCACUCCUUGUUUCUGCAUUUUUAGACGCCCAAUGGUCAACCCCGACACACCCGACUGCAACAAUUGGCCAGCCAAUACUGGCUGGAAUCGUCAUGAAACUCGAAAGCAAAGUAGAGGGGGAAUUCGAAGCAUCAUUCGAGAUCGCUGCUCCUUCAGACUCGUGGUUGAUUGGGGGAAAGCGCAAAGGCAAUGUGCAGCUGGGUUCAAGGUCCGUCCGUAUGCCCGUCGUCCUGUUUCCGCAACAUCUCGGACACAUACUCAUUCCAACAAUCGGUAUGAAAUGUCGCAGACGGGUCCGGAGUAGCAGCAAGGAUGAGUGGAUCGAUGUCAUGACUGAUGUCCAGAAUCCCGCCUAUGGUCGGAGCGUUCUCAUUACCCCAGAUUUGCGGGGCACCACCGUGGAGGUGUUUGGAGCGAUAGCGGAUGAGGGCACUGGCAAAAUGGUCGCGAGUGAGAGCCGUGGAGGAGUGGGUUGA